AUGGCAAAUACCGAAAAAAAAACUUUAAAUACAUUCGACACAAAAUCGUCUACAGAAAACUUGCAGCAAGAACAUGACAACUCUAAGUUUCCAAAAGACUCGGAAUCGCCGGAAGAUCCGGAAUCCUCGGAAAACCUGGAAGAAGAAUAUCAGUUCUUUCGGUUAUUGGUCAAAAGAAAUAUAUUCAAACUAACCAGCGUCAAAGGUUGUUUAUAAAAAAAAACUAUUUACUAUUUACACUAUAGCAAUAAUGUUUUUAAUGUUAUGGUUUUUAGUCGCAUUUUCACCGAAAAUAGAGACUAUAGCAACUAAAAAUAUUUAAUAUAUUUUAAAUUGUAGUUGGGUAUAGGAUCUAUUGGUUUUACUAUGAUGUGUGUGUGUUUCUACUAGUAAAUAACUUUUGAAACAAAAACUUGUUUCAAUCACAAAAUUACAAAAUAAUUUUUUGUUCCAUCUGGAAUCUAGUUUCUUAUAAAAUAAAUCGUUUUUUGUAGAAAUUUUACGAAUCUUGAUUUUUAAGGUCAAACUGAACCGAUAAGAACUUUUCUUAAAAUUAACGAACUCGAACCGAACUAUUUGGUAAAUGGUUCGGUUUGAAAAUCGAACAGUUCGUCACAUCUCUAAUUUUUUUACAUUCCAAGAAGUUUUCAUAAUAAUUUGGAAAACUCAGAAAAAUGAAAAUAAAUAAAUUUACGAUCCAUAAUUUUAUACGGACGAACACAUACCAGAAAUAUUGCUCAAAUGGAACAUAAUUAGUGUAGCAGGUACAGCGUCUGGUGUUUGAAUAGUGUUAAACUACUAUCUUACUGAAUAGACUUAAAAUUAAAAUAUCUUGUGAACGAGUUGACGGAAAUCAACAAUUUUAAAACUAAAAUUUAUUUUAUUUAAUAUUCCAUCUAUUUUUGGAAUAAUUAAUAUAGGUUCUCAUUUGAAAAACCUAAGUUGGUAUUGCCAAUUGGAUAAUUCUUAAAUGUUGCGAAAAAUGUAAUUAUACGAAAAUAUCUUCUUUAUACUUAAAAAAUUCCAAAAUACGAAUUUGCAUAUUAGGUACAUAAUCUACUACUAAAAGGGAUGAAAUUGUUCACUCUGUAUGUUUAGUACGAUGUAUUGUAUUUUUAUAGUUCACGAUUAUUUCAAUAAUACAUAAUAAAGAAGGGAAAAUGUGUGUUCAAUUGAUGAUAAUUGGUGUUUAUUUUUUUUUUUUUUUUUUUUUUACAUACUAAUUAUUUGCACCGUUUGCUACAGAACAACUUGUAAUUUCCACGUGGUUGCACAGUUGCGACACGACAGAAGACAAAUCGACAAAAUGUGGAUUUGUCAAGUUGUUGUUGGUUUCACUCCAGCAUAUUAGUGGUAACCUGCAUUAUUUUAACCUAACUAGCCCGUCGAUACUACCCCAUGUAACCAACACUCUGGAUUCGGUUAGUGCAGAUGGUGACGAACCUCAAAGCGAGAUUAAUUUUCGAUUUGAUUAUGUGAUAUUCUUUGUUAUAGCUUCAAUAUUUACUCACCUUGUCGUUGAUAGAAGAAAAAGAAAAAGACUAUUUCGCCAGCAACGUGGACACAGACAUCAAAUACAAAACCAUAGCCUCCGCCGCCGUGUCAUCAAAUCUGACCAGUUUUGCCUCCACAUUCGUGGACAGAAACUGUGUACAGGUGUUCUAUGCCAGAUCCGAUCAUGCGAUAAACUCGUGGCGUUUGCCAGAACACGUGCUAUUUCCUCGAGAUAGCCGAUCGCCUUCCCGGUGGGAGAGUGCGAUCUCCCGUAAAGAUAUACGGACCGCAAUCCCGAAAGUUAAUCCAGAUUCGUCAGUCCUUGAGUUCGUGUACACAAAAUAAAUAUGUCACAACACAGUAUAGCUUAGUAAUCCAUUUAUUAGAUAAACUCAUUUAGGAAUAAUUAUUGGCAACUAAAUACAAGCAUUUGUGAAAAUUGCAUCAUUUACAAGCAUAUCUAAAAAUCUAAAAUAUAAAAAAAACGUUAUUAUCUUGUUUUUGUCACCCUCAUUUUUUUUUUUUUUUUUUUGAAGGUGAGUAGUAUUGAAAUUACUAUCUUUGAUUGUCAUGUGCACCUAUAUUACAAAUUCAACUAGUGGAUGGAAUAUUAAAUUUUGGUGUUGAAAUUUUUGAUUUUUGUCAACCCAUGAGAUAUUCAACUUUUAAGUUUGGGUAGGGAGGGAUUUGUUUUAGUGGAGCAUCAUAAUAUGUGUGCUGGCCUGACACACAGCGUUUAAUAAUGUUUAACUACUACUCCCCUAUUCAAAAUUAAAAGUGAAAUAAACGUUGUCAUAAACGGAUUGACGGAAAUCAAAAAUUUCAAUAUAAAAAUUUAUUUUAAAUAAUACUCCAUCUAUUUAUGACAUUUUUUUUUUAAUAUGGCCUGCUUUUUAAAAAUCAUAGGUAGGUUGUCACUUAACUCCCAAAAAUAAGAGUGAUAAAUAAUAACGAUAAUACUUCACUAAAAUGAAUCUAUCUGUAUGGGUGUGAAAACGGAUUCAAAACUUUUGGGAUUUAUUUUCAAACAAUCCUAGAUUUGGGAGUUGUUUACACUCGUAUGAUAUCUGUUUAAAUAUAUUAGUAAGUUUUACAAUCGUGAACCGUUAUCUGUAAUUUUAUGUUCAAGCCUCAUUUUUAUUAUUUUAUUGGGCUCUUUUGCAUUGCGUUCUUUAAUUAAAAAUGUAUAAAAAUAUGAUUAUCCGAAUUACAAUAAAAAAAAAGUUGAUACUUCCGAUAUAGGUGUGUACUGCUGUUGUAAGUGGGAAGUUGGGAAGGUAAUCAUUUUUAAUAAAAAUCAUCAUCUCUAAAAUUGAUGAUCGUAACAAUUUUUCUGGUAGAAAAACUGUUCACAGGCACACAAAAAAAAUAAAAUAAAUUAAUAUAAAUUAAAGCAAAAUACAUGUAUCUCACUCUUUAUGUUGAAAUCUUUUAAGUAAUAUUAUAUUUGGUCGUUUAUUUGGAAAUGCCAUUAGUAUAUUACAGAGAUAGUUAAAUUAUUUCUGUACUGUUGAUUAAUGAAAUGAUUCUUUUUAGAUUUCUGAAUGAUUUUCAAUUCAAAAGUGAAGAAUCGUGGGAACGUAUUCACAAGGCUUCCGAUUCUCAAUUGUAAGUAUUUACAUAUAUAUUGGAAUAGCGUUCAUAUUUUUGUGGAUAUCACAUUGAUACAUUAUAAUGUUCACCCUAUAGGAGUCCAAGUGAAAGACAAUGUCGUCAUAUUUUAAGAUCUGACCAAGUGACCGCAGUGGUUGUCAACCCUCAAAAUAUAUUUAAAUGGUACGAACACAGCAGAUUAGACGGCAGCUUAAGACCCACUUAUGAAAUUUGUGUUGACAAGUACGUAAAAAAAUUAAAAAUAAAUAGCUGGUACUAUCAAAAUAUGCACCAAUGUUAAAGGUUGGAAGUUAGGAAGGUAGGAAUAGUAUAAUACAUAUGGUUUUAAAUCUGUAAGGUACGAUAAACCAUUAUUAUAAAAAACCAACUUCGUUUACACAUGUUUUAAAAUGUCAUAGUAUACUCAGCAAAUAAAUCCAAAAUGAAACAAAAAAGGUUUCUUGUCAUUCUUUGAUUGAAAUAAAUUUUCUUUUCGAAAAAUUGUUUACAAACAGAAAUAAAAAUACACUUUAUAGUAAAAUUAAUAGAUCCCAUACUCUACUCCUAAUUUAAUGUAUAUGUCAUAUGUCAAGUUGGCACUAGCAGUUUUGACAAAUUUAGAAGUUUCACACAAAAUUUGACAGACUUUGCUAGGAAAUUUUAAAAAUUUGUCAAAAAUUCACUUAUUUUUUUUUACCAACAAUCAUUAACUUAACAUAACUUUACUAUCGGCACAUUUUAAUUUUUUUGACGUCAAAAUAACAGCUAGAAUUUGUCACAUUUUGCUACGCUAUUUUAAAAAGUUUACAAAUAAUUAUUUUCCCUAGGGGGAACACAUUGUUCAAGUUCAACGAAUUAUAUAUCAUAAAAACGAUGUAAUUUGCAUGUUUCAAUAACGGUUGUUUCGAUACGACAUUCAACGAAUUGAAUAAUGUAUCAGUGUCAGAUAAAAAAUUUUUAGUGAGUCCUGCGGGGAAGUAAUUGUUGACAAAUUCUGAAACUCCACCCAAAAUUUACAAUAUUUUAACAGGGCUAAUUUAAUACACUUAUAUUAUAAACCAACAUUAUAAUAACGCAAUAAAUUAUUUAUCAGACAUACUUGCCAGUUUGAAAAAAAUCAAUUGGAAAUGGAUGAACGAGCCAUUAACGUGGUGAACAAAGUAUUUCCCGGUCACGUGCGAAUGGUCCUCGAUCCGGUUCUCAUCGCUGACGUCACUGGCAUAAAGGUAAACCGGACCGUUGACGGAGAUUGUCUGAACUUGAAUACUCACGAUAAAACAUUGAUGAUCGGAAAAAUGAUUGACUGCAAAGUACAAUAA